AUUGCCAUCUAUCGCCAAAUUAUUUGUACUCCUUUAGUUAGGUUUGGUUAGGUUAGGUUAAUGUAUUUGUUUUCUUUUACGUUUCGUAAUUUAUCAUAAUUGAGUCGUAGGAAAUUGAUAAAUUUCUUCAACAUGAAAAUAAAAAAGAAAUCUAAUGCUGUGAGAGUUCCACCACUUAAAAAAAUUAUAAAAGUCAAACGUAAAUCGUCAGACGUAGAAGAGGAAUCAACCGUGACCAAAGCAUUAGAAAACAUUAAAAAGGUUUUGGAGAAGAAGAUUUCAGAUAAAACAAAACCAGUUUCAAAAUCGAAAACAAUUAAAUCAAAGAAAGUUAAUAAAAGUAAGACGAAUGUAUCGAAACCGAAACCGCGAAGACAAAAUACAAAAGGCGUAGUGUACCUGGGUCAUAUUCCUCAUGGUUUUUAUGAAGAACAAAUGGCAGAUUAUUUCAAACAGUUUGGAAGAGUAACAAGGGUACGAGUCGUUCGAUCGAGGAAUACUGGUAGGAGUCGUGGUUAUGGAUAUGUUGAAUUCUUACAUUCUGAAGUUGCAAAAGUAGCUGCUGAAUCAAUGAACAAUUAUCUCAUGUGUGGUAGAUUAUUAAAAGCUACUUACAUCCCACCUGAGAAACAACACCCAGGAUUUUUUGCUGGCACACCUUGGACAAAGAAAGCUUAUCCUAAGUUAAUAAAUAGAAGUAAUAUAAAUAAAAGGAGAAAUAGAAGCAUUCAGGGACAGGAACAUAAAAGUUUCAAAGAAAAAACUAAAAACAGAUUGGCUGCUCUAGAAAAGGUAUUAAAAGAGAAAGGUUAUGACAUAAAAUUUAUUCCAACAGAUGAUGUUAAGGUUUAACAACUAUAAGAAUUUCAUUAAUAUUGAUUCAGCAAAAAAAGAAGAUGUAAAAUAUAUUGAUUUUAGUAUUACAGAAAUUUUUUCUCCAUAUGAAACACUAUUUACAAUUACAGAAUCCUGUAAAAAUAUUUUAUAUUAGUAAAAUAAUUUGUCACAAGA